AUGUUUGAUUCUGGAGAUACGCCGCCAUUGCCGUCACGGAUAGCAGCACUAGUUCAUGCGCAUUUCGAUGCUCUUCCCCAGCGCUCUAAACCACAUGUCUACCCUGAUGGGUCGAGAGAAUGGAUUCCUAUGACGGGCAUUGUGGCCGUUUUAUCUAGGAGCGGCGCGAAAUGCCUCUCAGCUUCUCAUAUCCCACGCUGUCGGGGUCUCGUUCUACAUGACUGCCACGCCGAAAUUCUAGCCAUUCGAGCAUUCAACUACUGGCUCCUGACCGAAUGCCACGGACUAUUAGCAGAAGAGAAAAUCACAGACCCAUCUAUUCAAACCGACUCACAACCGAACAAAACCCAACCUCCCAGCUCCCCCUUCAUCCGCAAACGAGAACGAAGAAACGACACACAAACACCCGAGAACUCAACAGAAUGGCCCCCAUUCGAGCUUCAACCCGGCCUCAAACUCUACAUGUACUGCACCUGCGCACCCUGCGGCGACGCAAGCAUGGAACUCUGCAUGGCAUCCCAAGAAGACGCGACCCCCUGGGAAGUCGUCCGCGAGAGCAGUAGCGCACGAUCCCACGAGGAAAUGCUCGACGGUCGAGCCCAUUUCUCGCUCCUCGGCAUCGUCCGUCGAAAGCCCGCUCGUAUGGACGCGGAGUCUACGCGCAGCAAAUCCUGCUCGGAUAAACUUGCUUUGCGACAGGUAUCUUCUCUGCUAUCGUGCGGGACGAGUCGGCUUGUUGCGCCGACGGAGAGUGCGUAUCUAGCUGGGCUUGUCUUGCCGGCAGAUGAAAUUAAUGCGACUGGGUUUGAGCGGUGUUUUGGCGAGAGGGGGAGGAUGAAGGUGCUUGUUGGACGGACUUGGGCUGGGAGGAAGGAAGAGGGGACGAUUGGGUAUCGGUUUCAUCCUUUUGAGGUUCUUUCUGUGCCGGCGGAGGAGGUUGAAGCGCAGUGGGCUUUUGCGAAGCCGAAGAAUAAUAUACCGGUAGAGGAGGAUGGGACUGAAUCUAAAGCUCCGCCGAAGAGCAAACCGGGUAAUGUGAGUGUUAUCUGGGUUGCAGCACCCUCGCAUGCCCAUUCCUGUGCUGCGUUGUCAGAUACAGGAAGUAAGUCAUUGCCUUCUCUCCGACGGACCACAACAGGACUGUUCGAGAACAUCAUCAAUGGGGUGAAGCAGGGUCACCGCGCAACUACACCUGUCGUGCGAGGUGCUUCAUCGCUUUCUCGGGCAAAACUUUGGGCUCUUGUGCGGAAUAUAGCCCAGCCAAGCGCGUGUGAUGAUCUGGGCAUUUCUGGAACUGGCUUGGCAGAUGAUACUGUCCUGCAUUCAUUUCAGCAGCGCGUUCUGAAACCAAGCACUUAUGGAGAUUUCAAGCUUGUUGAAAGUAACUCGGUUGAUCCGCUUGGAGUCCGGCAAGAGGCCAUGAGAGAAGCGAAGAGCGUUCUCAAGGGGUGGGUUCGGAAUUCGGGGGAUGAGAGUUGGGGGUUGGAUGUGCUUGUUGAUCCUCAGAAGAGGAAGCGUUGA